ACGCGCCGGGACGGAACGAGACGCUCUCCGGACCUCCCGGUACCGCGGCCCCGGUUCGUGCUCCCCCACAGCCGGGCGGGGAACGCCCGGGAGGCUCAGGGGUUUGGGCCGUUUGGAGAACACGCUGUGAACGCCAGCUGGAUUGCAGUGCAGGAGCUGGAGAAGCUGGGGCUGCGGGAUGACGUGGAUCUGCACGUCUACGAGGUCCCUGUUGAGUACCAGACCGUGCAGAGACUCAUUCCUGCCUUGUGGAAGAAGCACAGUCCCCAGCUGGUGGUCCACGUGGGGGUUUCGGGCAUGGCCACCACUGUCACCCUGGAGAAGUGUGGCCACAACGUGGGCUACAAGGGGCUGGACAACUGUCGCUUCUGCCCGGGCUCGCAGUGCUGCGUGGAGGGCGGCCCCGAGUGCAUCGACUCCAUCAUCGACAUGGACACCGUGUGCAAGAGGGUCUCGGCGCUGGGGCUGGAUGUCACCGUCACCAUCUCCAAGGACGCCGGCAGGUACCUCUGUGACUUCACCUACUACACCUCCUUGUACCAGAGCCGUGGGAGGUCGGCGUUCGUCCAUGUGCCUCCUCUGGGAAAACCUUACUCUGCAGAACAGCUGGGCCGGGCCCUGCAGGCCAUCAUAGAGGAAAUGCUGGAUGUUUUGGAGCAUUCUGAAGACAAAAUCAAUUGUCAACAUGAACACUGAGCCUGGCCAGGAGCUCUCCUAGUAUUGCACUUCCAAAAUUUUCCCUGCUGCCGAAGUAUUUGGGGGGGGAAAAAAAAAAAAACAAAACAGAACAAAACAAAAAAACGGUUCCAGAUCCAGAAUUGGAGACUUCAAGGGGGGAAAAAAAAAAAAAAAAGAAAAAAAAAAGGAAAAUUCCACAAAUUCCACUUCUAGAAAUUAACUUUUUUUUCUGUCGAGUCUGUGAGUUUCAGCCCAAGCAACAAAGGAUUCGAAGUCUCUUCUCUAAAACACCUGCAGCUCCUCAUUCCUGAAGGGAGUGUGCUGGGAGCUUCCAGGGAAUGAAUGGAUCCUCACCUGCUGGAUCCCAUGGGAAGUUCCUCACCUGGAUUUGGCCUUCAGCUGCAGGGCGUUGCUCACCCAGUCCUCCCUCAUGACUAAUUCUUGAGUUGAAAGGUUUGCUUUCAGUUGGUUUUGGGUUUGUUUUCCCCCGUCGACCCAAACUCGAGGUGAUAAUAUGGAAGGACAACGGGAAAGAGUUGGGAUGGUGUGGGAUUCUCCUGGGAAGCAGAGUUUGGUGGGGAUGAGGAGCCUGAGAUUGCUUUGCUGAAAUGGAAAAUGGUUUUAGGCACUGAUUCUUCACCCCACGUCCUCCAGACAUCCAUAGGGUCUCUGUAGCUGCAGUAGAAGGGGUGUGUCUGGGGUUCCUUUUGGAACCCAAAUCCAGCUGGAGUUUUUUUUCUUGGAGCCUGACUCCUAAAUCUUUCCAAAUGUCUUUUUCCUGCCUCUCCCUCCCUCAAGUCAACCAUGUACCUCCUGUACCAAACACCUCGGUUCAAGUGUGUCUAAAACCAAUCAUUAGUGGGUAAAGAGCUUUGCUGAGGGCCACUUUCCCCACGGGAGAUCUUUAUCCUGGGCUCUUGGUGCUCGCUGUUGUUUUUAAGGUGAAGGUUGAGUAAUUUAUAACUCCCUUAGCUGCAAAUUUUCCCUCUCGUUCCAGGUUAGGAGAGUAAUGUUUAACUGAGAUCCCAAUUCCGCCUCGACUGAGUGGAGGCAUAAAAAUGCAGAUGGGAAGACAUCCUGCCAAAUCAAAUGUCAGCCCUUCAGCCCAAUCCCACCGCCUGGAAGCCAGAGGCAGUGAUUUGAAAUCAAGGAAUUUUGCUUAGAGUGAGGAUUCCGGGCUCUUUCCUUGGUGUCCCUCUCCCAGUGGGAGGGUGCAGAAGGGCUGCUGCUCGUGGGAGCUUCCCCAGGAGUUCUUCUGGGGAAGGGUGCACUCAGGGUCUCAGCAGGUGGGUGGUGCUGGUCGUGCGUGGAGAUUCGCUGGCAAAUUUUGAGAUUCCGACAAAACCCAGCUGAAGCUGGGGCAGGAGCAGACACAAAACCGGUGGCUGAGGUCUCGUGGGGAGGCUGCUUGAAUGAAGAAGUCUGUGGUUGGAAUGGAUGCUUUUACAGAUAUAUAUAUAUAUAUAAAAAUAUAUAUGAAACCAACGUUCUGAAAGGUUUUUAAACCCCACGAUUUGAAUUUCUCUGGUGCUGACUGGCUCUGCUAUUGUAACUCUCAGUGAGAGCUGCCCCGAGCUUGCCAGGAGAAGUCUGGUGGCAAAGGACAAAACCACUCCUGGCAACCCUUGAGACAGGACAAAGACUUUGCAGCUGCUAGCACUCUGCUGAGGGCACCUGAGCAGGAAGAUUUUUUUUGGAUAGACCCAAGGAAAUUCCUUCUCUGUUCACUAUCCAGGCUUUCCUGCUCAGAGGAAUUUGCCUUCGAGUGAAACAUUGUUGUUCCCAUCGAAUCCGAGGUAGCACUUGUCAGAUUUCCUGAUUAGUAAUUUAUUCUAUUUAAUAUUUUGUUGAAAUCUUCGUGCUUUGACACAGGUUUGGGGUUUUCUUUGUGAUUAGUUGAGCUCCUUAUCCCAUAGGAUUGUUCCUUUGCUGGUUGGAAGUUUCUGUCCUGCGUGUUUCAUAGCUGCUAAACUUGGGGAAGAGGAAUAUCCGCGUGUCCCGCGGGGUUUGGUGAUGGAGCAAUUCCCAGGAAAGCUGAUUAAUUCACCUGUGAUGUAGCUGUGGAUGAAAUGGAAGUGGGAAAUCAACAGAUUGGUGAGGCCACACCUAAAAAAUUCCCAAUGUGGAAUCUCAGCAGGGGUGGGAAGAGCUGGUGGGACCCACAGAGGGGUUGGAGCAGGACCCCGGUGGGCUCCGCGAGGGAUCGGCGUCUCCAAGUGAGAUAUUCCCUGUCCAUCCCUGUCUCUGCAGCCUCUGGAGCCUCAGAGAUCCCCCUGGAUGUGGCUGGUGGCUCCGGCUCCAUCAGCAGGGAGCGCAGACAGCAGCAGUUCCGUGGGCAGAGCGUUUCCCACGCGGGUUUGUUCAGCCUGGGGAGUUAUAUCCUGUUCAGCACCUAAAAAUAUUCCUUGCCUGGGUGCUCUCUGCUGUUCCAGGGGAAAAUCCGGAGCCAAUUUCCGUGCCUGCUGGAGUUUGAGGGCUGCAGUGCUUGGCCUUGGGUGUGUCAGCGUGAAAAAUCCCAUUUUUUUGGGAAUACUUUGGGCGUUGCUUCGAGCUGUGCUUUUCCUCCCAGUCUGCUUUUGGGAAGCUCCACGUGAUCAGUUCCUUAGAAAACAUAAUUUAUUUUAUCCUCUUUUUUGGGGAAGGGGGGUUUUGGGGAAUUAGUCCUGAGGCUAUGUUUAUAAAAGGUGUCUUGGUGGUAGAGAAAUUUCCUGUAGCCCAGCUUGGGAAAAACGGCAUUAAACUAAUUUUAUUUAAUAUGACCUAAAUUAAAUACUUUGGGGUUGGGUUUUUGGGGUUUUUUUUUAAAGCUUUUUGUUCAAUUCACAAAGCUUUUCCUACAGAUCCAUAUUUUUGGGGGGACUAGGACACCAAACUGAUGCAGAGCUUCAAAAAGCUGAUGUUUUGCUAAAUCCUGUUCCCUUUCCACAUCAUCCAUUAAUAGAAUUUGCUAAUUUGCACUGACUGGGAGACCUGUUGCCCAAAACCUUUGUGCCAGUGAGUACAAGUGUAGGAGGUUCAGGUGGAGUGUUCAUUCCUGUGCCUGCAGUGUGGGAAAACAUAAAAAACCCGGGACAUUUUAGGAUGCCGUGACUGCAAAAUUGUCUCUGGGGAUCAAGGUUCAGGGGGAGACAGGGCUGAGGAUUUUUGGUGUGGAAGAGAGGAUUAGGGAGGUUCUGCUGGAUCGGGUCUGGUGUCAUUUAUCUGCCUGGAGCAGGGUCUGGCCCACGUGUGGGGGAGUGUUUGGGAUGACAGUUUAAUUGUUCCAGUCCUAAAGUGCUGCAGAGGAUUUUGAGGAGCUCCAGAGACUCAUAAAUGUCUUGAUUUGGUGCUGCUGCUGUCAGGAGGUGAAUUAAACUUGGGAAUCUGCUUCAUAACCCCAGGAAAAAGGAGCUGGGAGCUUGGAAGGCUCUUGACCUCAAGGAUUCCUGUGGGAUUUGAUGAUCCUGAGGGAUCCCUCCCAACCUGAGGGAUUCUGUGGUGGGGCUGAAGGGUGCUCACCUGGUGCUGUUCGGAAUUUUUGGGGGGAGAACAGCAGAGUCUGUGGGCUCCUGCAGAGCAGUUCCCCUUACCUGGAGCAUUCCCCAACCUCCCAAACAGUGGGAGAGGUGGGAAAGGAUGGAAAGGUCGGGAAGAGGGUUCGAGGUGUGGAGUGUGGUUGUGACAUGAGACUGCAGCCGAGAGCUGCUGAGCUUCAUUCCAGGAGGGGCCUGGCUGGGGCUGGCAGAGUUGGAGACAUCAUAAAAAACAAAAAAACAAACCCUAAAAAGUCGCUCUGCUUUGGGAUAAAUUUGGGAUCAAUGCUUCCUUGGAGCCACGGGGAUGGUGAUGCCCACGGCAGGAAAGCAUCCCUUGAGCCAGGGAUGAGUUCAUUAUCACCUCCACAGGGGUUGUGCUGUGGAAAAUCCCGUAGGAAAAGGGAUUUUGUGUGUGAACUCACCUGGGCCAGGUGUAGCUGUAGCAUCCAACCCCCUCCCAUAUGUCCCAAGCAGGCAAAAUUGAACCUUUCGGUGCCUCAGCAGCUGGCAAAGGGGAUUAUUCCAGGAAUUCCACUGGAAUAAAAACCCAGGAGCUUCCAGGCCUGCUCGGACAGCACAGGCUCCCAGUCUUGGUGGUUUUGGGAAGGAAAAGUCUAAAAAAAAUUAAAAAUCCACCGAAGUUUCUUCUGAUGCUCAAAUAAUCCUGAGUUGAAUUGGAACUGGGGGGUCUUUAAAGUCCCUUCCAACCCCAGCCAUCCUGGGAUUCUCUGACUCGCUGCCCUGGCGGGUGGAUUCUUUUAGGAAUUUUUUUAGGAAUUGCAGGAGGAGGAGGAGGAGGAGGAGGAGGAGCUUCUUCAAACCAAAAAAUGGGAAAACCCUGGAAAGGAGGGAAUUUGGUGAAUCCCCACUCCCACGGGAGCUGCAGCAGCGAUGACGGUCUGGCCGUGGGGGGUUGUGGUUUUAAUUCCUUGUGACUCCCAGAUCUUUUUUAGCUUCUCCUGGAUUUCUCCUGGGUUUCUCACUCCAGCCAAGGCUCAGACACGGAGCUGCUGCAGGAGGGAGUGGUGGUGGCUGAAAUCUGACUGAAAAUCAGGAUCUUUAGGCAUAAAAAGUAUUUUGUGUGGGGCUUUUUCUUCGUUCUGAUUUCCAGAUUUCACCCCACAGCACAGAUGAAAUUGUCAGCAAGGAAUUUGUACAGAUCCUUUCCCAAAGUAACUUCGCCCUUCUUGUCUCCUUUACUUUAAUACUUUACCCAAUGAUAUUUUAAUGGCUUAAUUUUAUUUUAAUGAUAGGAAUUUCAGAGUUGCAAAGGCUCUUUCUAACUUGAUUGACUUGGAGGAAACCCCCCCCCUUGUUGAUACCAUAAAUACUCACCUUGAUGUAGAUGGAUUUGUUAUUUUUGCACCAGAAUCCCUAAUUUUUUGCAGUAUAAAGUGCACUUUUUCAUAAAAAAAGAAAAAAAUCAACAAAAAACCUUGUAUUCCUGUCUGAUGAGUGUCUUAUGUGCUGAAAGGGAUGUUCUGCCAAAGCUCCAGAGCUGAGGACGUCGUUAAUUCCUCGAGGUGUUCACUGAAACCCGGGACCUGCUCAGUCUAUUUUAAGACAAAGUAGGGAAGGAAAUGCCUCCCCGUGAAUAGGAAUUAAGAGAUGGGAAAUGAAACUUCUCACUGCCCUUACAGAAAACUCUGUGGUACUUCAAAAUCCACCUUCAGGUUUUCUAUUGCACCAGCCUCUUAAAUCACAAAUGUUUACCUUGAUGAUCAGGGAGUGCCUUGUCCCGUGCUGGGCUCACACUUGGGAAGCAGAAUGGUGGGGAUGGGGAUGGAUUUUGCCCGAUGUGAGGGUGAAAAAGUUGGGCUGGAAACCCCUGAAUUGGUGGGAAUCCCCAUUUUUAUCCGUGGACGCUCCUCAGAGACUGCACUGAGUUCCCCAGGUUUGCUCACACGCGCACACACGGACCUGCCGGAGGGAGCAAACAGAAUUGGCUGCUUCAUCCCCCACUUUUGGUUGGGUUGGCCCAAUUCCGAAGGGUUUUGCCGUCUCCUCUUGGAGUGAGGUGUUUGUCCAGACCCUUUCCCAGCGUCACUCAGGCCCUCCGUGUGUCCCUCGUGAAGCCACCCCGUGUCUCCGUGGGCGUCUCGGGUGCCGCCGCUCUCGUGCUUGUCGGGACUCUUGGAGCACCAAUCCCAACCCCUCGGGGCUUCUGUUCUCUCCGUGUGUUCUUGCAGUGCCUUGUAAAUCCCAACGAUCCCGAGUGUCCCGGGAGGGCUGCGGUGUCAGGGGCCGGCGAGGCGCUCCCAGCUUGUACUGCCGGCCUGGACUUUGUAACCGAGGAUUUAAACCCCCGUUUCAAAGGAAAUAAAGAGUUUGACUCUGA